UAGGCCCGGACAUAUUUUGGUAUCGCUGCAGAUGUUAUUCUCCGGCCGUUAUCAUUUUGGCCAGCUCCCCACAAGACCGGAAAAAGGCCAGACACACAGGGAGAAUGACAGGAUUCAAGGCCGUUGGUGGAUUUCUCUCAGAGUGCCUCGUCAGACGUUCGGCCUCGCGGCAGGAUUGAACGCGAGUCGUUACACUAUAGCCUACCUGGGUAGGUAUCCGAGUGGAAAGAUCCGGGAUGUAGAGCUUGCGGACAGACAGCUCCUUUUACAAAACCUACUUCAUUUGCAUCCCAUGACGGUCCAAGUUAUUGCUGUCCACUAUUUCUGCUGCGUUUACUUCAAGCUUCAUCCUCUACACUGCUCACUUGGCAACCCAAAGCUUCUCUAAGUCAAAGCUUCUUCAAUACAAUUUCCUCCUAUUUCGACUUACGCGCAUACAUCUCGACAAUACACCAACAUACACGAUGGCUUCUGCUUGGACUGCUCCGGAUGUCACAAAACGACCCGUCGCCAUCAUUGGCGGAGGCGUCCUUGGCCGUCGUUUAUGCAUGAUGUGGGCUUCUACAGGCAACGAAGUGGUGCUCUAUGAGCGGGUUCCCGAGGUUGCUGCUGCCGCAACGGAAUAUGUCAAGGAGAACAUAGAUACACAGGUUGAGGUCGUCAAGGGCAAACGUGGGGUGGUACGCGUAGCUUCGUCAUUGGAAGACGCCGUUCAAAACGCCUGGAUGGUGAUCGAAGCCGUCCCAGAGCGCCUCGAGAUCAAAAUCCCAUUGUUCGGCGAAUUGGAUAAAAUCACCCUACCAGACUGCAUCUUGGCGACCAAUUCAUCCUCCUACAAGUCCAGCGAAAUGAUUGAGAAGGUCGAAAAGAAGUAUCGGGUCUGCAAUACACAUUACUUCAUGCCGCCCGUGAUGAACCCCGUCGAGAUCAUGACGUGCGGACACACCGAUCCCGCUAUCAUUCAGCACCUGAUGGAAGCGGCGAAGACGGUGGGAUUCACUCCAAUACAUGCGAAGGUCGAGUCUACCGGAUUCAUUUUCAACCGCAUCUGGGCGGCAAUGAAGCGCGAGAGUCUGCUGGUCAUCAAAGAAGGCGUCGCAACACCUGAGGAUAUCGACGCCAUAUUCGUCGCAAACUUCGCGGCCAAUACUGGCAUCUGCGAACUCAUGGACAGGGUUGGUUUAGAUACUGUCUACAACAUCGAGAAGCACUACGUGGAUGAGAGGAAGUUGUCAGGUGCAACGAUAGACUGGUUGAAAGAAAACUACCUGGACAAAGGCAACUUGGGAAACAAAACGGGGAAAGGGUUAUUGAGAAAAUGAGCUGUCAUAUACAGAAAGUCGUUUUGAUAUUAGUGCUCAGAAGAUUUAUUUGAAUCAAGUCAUUCAUUAACUGGUGCCCGUUGAAAUUCCCUGCGAGUGACUGUCGGAGCCUACCCCUUUUCAACUGGCGG